AUGGAGAGAGUCCAUGAAGAAGAAGAUGGAGGUGAUAGUGAUGGUGAUGCCGAUGAGGGAUUUUCGGAGCGAUUUUCAUCUAUCAUGUUGGAGAUAUACCAAGUCGAGCUCCUAAGCAAGAAGCACAACAAUAAGUUUUUUUUCCUUUUCCGAGAUAAGUACAACCAUAAAGAUUUGGAAGGGAAAAUUAUCUCGUUGGUCGAAAGAUAG